AUGGCACAGUCUUACCUGAGCAGGACAGCCAACCAGAAGCCUGCUAUCAGGGCUAGUCAAGAGGAGUUGAAGUCGUCGUACAGGCGGCUUUGUAUGCUGUACCACCCUGACAAGCACAGAGACCCUGAGCUAAAGAAGCAGGCUGAGCAACUCUUCACCUAUGCACACCAGGCGUAUGAGGUUCUCAGUGACCCACAAUCCCGAGCCAUAUAUGACAUAUUUGGGAAGAAAGGCCUAGAGGUGGAAGGUUGGGAGGUGGUGGAAAGGAAGAGAACCUCCGCAGAGAUAAGGGAGGAAUAUGAACGUUUGCAGCGAGAGAGAGAUGAGAGGAGACUCCAGCAGAGAACAAACCCUAAGGGGACAAUAAGUGUUGGCAUAGAUGUGACCGACCUCUUCGACCGAUAUGAAGAGGACUUUGAGGAUGUACCAGGAGGAGGUUUUCCCCACAUUGAGAUCAACAGGAUGCAUAUUUCCCAAUCCAUUGAGGCGCCCCUAACCACUUCAGAUACUGCUGUCCUCUCUGGAUCUCUGUCAACACGUAAUGGCAACGGGGGAGGAAAUAUAAACCUUUGUGUGCGGCGUGUGACCUCAGCAAGAGGCUGGGGAGAGCUGGAGUUUGGUGCAGGGGACAUUAGAGGACCUUUAUUUGGGAUGAAAGUGUUCCGUAACGUAACUGCGCGCUGCUUUGUGACUGCCCAGUGGGGAUUACAGUUCUCCUCACGUGGCGUGCGGCCCAGUGCCACUACAAUGAUGGCCCGCCACCUGGACCAGAACACUAUGGGGUACCUGCAGUGGCGCUGGGGAAGCCAGUCUGCCAUGACCACCAGCAUUGUCAGGGACACCAAAACAAGCCACUUCACCCUGGCCCUGCAGCUGGGUGUUCCUCAUUCCUACCUGAUGAUGAGCUAUCAGUACAAAUUCCAAGAUGAAGACCAGACUAAGGUCAAAGGUUCUAUCAAGACUGGGUUCUUUGGCACCGUGGUUGAAUACGGUGCAGAGCGCAAGAUCAGUCCCCACAGUGUUCUGGCUGCAACCGUCUGCGUUGGUGUACCCCAAGGAGUCUCCCUCAAAAUCAGGUUGAACAGAGCCAGUCAAACCUACCUCUUCCCUAUUCACCUGACCGACCAGAUUUUACCCAGCGCUGUGUUUUAUGCCACUGUGGGCCCGCUGGCCAUCUACUUAGCUGUCCAGAAGCUUAUAAUUAUGCCUUAUGUACGAGCCCAGAAGGAACAGGAGUUGGAGAAACAGAAGGAGGAUUCUGCUUCAGAAAUUGCUCGCAGGAAGCAAGAGGCUGAAGCUUCCGUUUUGCUGAUGCAAGAGUCAGUGAAGAGAAUUGUUGAUGCUGAGGAAUCGAAAAUGGGUCUCAUCAUUCUAAAUGCUUGGUACGGCAAAUUUGUGUCAGACAAUAGUCAGAAACGUGAGAGAGCAAAGGUCAUUGACGUGACCAUCCCGCUCCAGUGCUUAGUGAAAGACUCUAAACUCAUUCUUACCGAAGCAUCAAAGGCUGGCUUGCCAGGGUUUUAUGACCCGUGUGUCGGAGAGGAAAAGAGCCUAAAGCUGCUGUACCAAUUCAGAGGAGCAAUGCACCAAGUCUUGUCUGGAGACACAGAGCCUCUUAAGAUACCUAAACAAAUUCAUUCACAUAUGGCACGUUUGAAGAAAAACUGUGAACAUAAAACAUGCUACUCAUAGAAUCAAUUCAGAGACAUAGGAGUCUACCCACAUUGGAAGAAUGAGCUCAAUGGACAUCAAAUGAACAUAAAGGGACAGUCAGACAUCAAGUGAUCCGAAGGGCUGCUCCUCUUCAUUUCAUGUAGUCACCCGUGUAUCACCUUUGUGUCGUCUGUUUCUCUCAAAUCCCUUACAUAUAUAUCGUCAAUAGGUCGUUCACGUCCUAACAUCUCCUUAAGAUCUGGAGUUUUAACUGAGAUUCCCGAUGAACCACCUGAAGCCGUCACAGCUUCGAUAGCUGUCUGUUAUCAGGAAGGUCAGAUAUCGUAUCACUCCGUCCAUCAAUUCUAAUCAGUGUUAAUCUUACAACUGGAAAGUAUGGCAAUACAAGUCGUCUUACAAAACUGUACUUGAAACUGUGCUGUACAAACAGUGGUUUCAUAGGAUGAGUGUUGAUAUUGACAGAUGUUUUUGCAUGUUUGGACACUGGAAAAACAGUAUUCUUCAAUACUCACUACUGUAAAAGCUGCUUUUUUUAUUAGGCCAAUCUGUUGUGAUCAGAGCAUCAUGAUUUCUUUUUACUCCAGGAGAAGUGUUAUUUGAAUUAUGCUCAUUGUGUUAAUAUUUGUAUUUUAAGGUGAAUCUCACAAAGAAAUGUUUGGGUCAUAUGGAUUUUUGGUUAUUGACAAUUUGGGGGAAAGUUUCAAAUGUACUACCAAGAAAACUUAAAAAAUAGGCACCACAACUUUUUUAUGGGAUUCAUCAGUUCUUCCUUCAAUCUGUAGUCAAGCCAUAUCAAAGAUAGUUGCACAGUAUAUUCUCCAAAUUUAAAAUACUUAAUGAAGUCAGCUGUAUUCUAUAGUCAGAGGCCCAGUGAAUCGGAAAAAGGACAGGCUGUUGUUUUUAUUUGUUUAGCUUGUCGUUCUUAGCAUCUGGAUGUUUGCUUUGAUAGCAACUUUCCUCCUGUUUAGUUUUCUUAAGUUUUACGGUUUCAGACUGAGCUAGUGUAAAACUACAAUGCCUUUUGGUUAUUGAAUGAAAGAGUUUAAGCAGAGUAUGACAGCUCUAUGUUCAGAACAAUAUCAUUUUAUUUAAAGAUCCAUUAUUUCAAAUGAUCCUGAAAUGAACCCACUGAAGCUUUGUGUUAUUUAAAUGUGCCAUGCCCCUUUUAAUUUUCUACAUUUUUUCAUUAUUUUAUAAGUGCUUUUGUCAGUAAGUGGGCAGUGCCUGCUUUGUUUCUUUUAGUGCUGUCAAACGAUUAAUCGUGAUUA